GGUUUACGCAAUAUUGGUAUUCAAAUUGUUAUAAACAAAACAGUUCCUUCGAAUGCAUUCAACAGCAAAUAUGCUAUUUUCUAUUCUGUUUGUCACGUUUAAGUUUUUAUGUCUGUGUCAGGGAUUCAAAAUCCCAUCAAUUAAGCUUGAAGCCUUCAAACCUUCUGGAUUUAGAGCAAGUUUAAGAGCUGAAUCUGGCAUUGAACGGUUUGCUUUCCAUGGCAAUAAAAACAAAGAGAUCUCGAUGAACGAACCUGGAGAGUUCUCAGCAGAAGUCCGAUACACAGGAGGAGAAUGGGUAGUUUACGAUGACUCAGAUGUGUCUCUCUCUGUUGGUGAUGUCGUCCAUUAUUGGGUGUUUGUACAACAUGAACGUAUGGGAUACAGAAAAGACGCCCAGAAUUGGACUGUGGACGAGCUGAAAGACAAAAAUGGAUGCGACAGGGCUAUAACCAUACUAGAAAGCCGGAAAGACGUUUGUGUUGGUGAUAGUAUAAUAGACGAAGAAUUCCAAGAUUUGACAGAUAAUGAUAAAUGGCAGAUUGAUCAUUAUAUACCUGUUGAACCAGAUUACGAAUUCGUUGUUUAUAAAAGGGAUCCUGAUGUAGUAUACACAAAGAAUGGUACUCUUGUCAUCAAACCGAAAAUAGUUGAAAGUAUGAACAGGGAGAUAGACUUAAGAAAUGGAUGUACUAAAUCUAGUGUAAAAGCACAGGAAUCAAUGUGCUAUCAAGCAAAAGAAACGAGAAGGGACAUAAAAAUUGUCUCAGGUAGAAUAACAUCUAAAGUAGCAUUUUCUUAUGGGGAAGUCGUAAUUAAAGCGAAACUACCUUUUGGAGACUGGAUUUAUCCAGAAAUAUUCCUGGAAGAGGCUGAUGACACUAAAUCCUUCAACAAGAGAAUUAUAAUAGCCUAUUCCCGAGGAAAUUUACACUUUUCUGGAUCAGAUGGAGUUAAUAUUGGAUGUUUUCUGUUAUUUGGAGGACCAGUGGCAUCUGCUUAUGAACCAGAGAAAUCUCGGAUGUUGAGUUCGUAUCACUCUAACGACAAACCAUUUAGUGAUAAAUUCCGUGAAUACAGGCUAACGUGGAAUCCAGAUAGAAUAGAACUAUUUGUAGACGAUACAAAAUAUGGUUCAAUAGAAUCAACAGCAAUUCGGAACGAAGAGUUCACAGUGAAUCCAAUGAAGGCAAGACUGGUGCUGGGAGUAGGUGUAGGAGGUAUCAACGACUUCCCAGAUAAUUUCAAAUCUAGCAACAAUGACGGUGGAUUUUUCACAUAUUACAUUAAACCAUGGAACAAUGGAGAACUUUUUCAGGAAAAAAAGUUUUUCAACAGCAAAAGCAACUGGCUACCUUCCUGGGAUAAACAUGUACAGCUCGAGGUGGAGUACGUGAAAAUAAAAGCGGUUUGAUAUUCUGAAUAAUAUGGCAAAAAUAAAAAUAUCUUAAUUUAUAUUUCGAUGAUUGCCU